AGCAAGAGCCGUGCCAAGACCCCUCCAUGCCUUCCUUUUGCUGCUCAAUCUGCUGCUUAUGUUGCUUCAGUCCAAGGCACCGGCAGGCACGACAUCAGAUCGACCGAGCUGCAGUUGCCAGUUAUGUUCCCAUCCCGAACCUGCCGUCUUCCUGUAUGGUGGCCGUGCCUGCCUGCCUGCCCGGACCUGAGUGAAGCGCCGAUAUACGGAACCAGAAAGUUCCACUCGCCGACCUCGAAACUUCAGACUUUCACAGUCGGGUGUGUUCGCAAACUCUCGGUCAACAUCCAUCGCCUUAGUUCUCCAUACCUUCUCGUCUAUCUAAAGAACCUACCACCACUGGACCGACUGACGACGGUUCAGUUGCCCAACGAGUACCCUGCAUUAGACGGUCAUCCUUACAUCCAGUCCACGUACAAAUGGCCAUCCCUCCUCAACUGCAUGGGAGCCCGAAGCCAACAAGCGCCAACGCACUUUACGAUCCGCCUAUAA